UUCUUCACUGCAAGUUAUAGAAUAAAAUAAAAUGUUGUUCUAUAAGCCUGAGGCUUACCUCCUUCCAAAAAUGCAAAAGACUGAGCUCCAGCCUCUAGGAAAGAAGGUCAACCCAGUAAGGGGAGAAGCAGGGGAUCCAGCAAUUCCUCCGACUAGAAAUCAUACUAUUUUGAAGAGAGGGCCUAGCAGCGAGCUCAAGCCCCGUUUUCUGAGAGAUUCUUUAACAAAUAAUGAUAUUAUUGGUGCCAAGCCAAGAAAAUUGUUCGAAGGAAGAGCAAAGAAUAACUUAACAAAUAGAGACAUAGAAGGCUCAAGCCCCUUGAGAUUAAAACCAAGGAAUAUAAGCGAGUAUAACAUAUUUGAUUACACUGAUGUAAAUUUUAAGCCCAGUGCAAGAGCUAGGAGAUCUCCUGCACCCAUCCCUACACUAAGAGUAAAGAGGCCGAAUGGAGAAAGCUUUUAUAUGGAGACAAAUGGAGAUCAAUUGAUGAGAUCUGCUCAUUCUUCUAGACUAGAUCCGUAUCAUAUGAGUCAUUAUAGAGUAAAGAAAUUUGAUGAUACUAAUUCUAUCAAUUUUUCUCCAAAGACUAAAUUCCAAAAGUUGGGGGAGAUGAUUAAAAACCAAAGUCGCCUUGAGAAACAUUCUAUAGAAAAGCCACAAAAUUUAAGUAUGCUGGCAAGGAACAAAAGCGAGAUCAUUAUUAAAAAUGAGAAAAAUAGAGAUGUUGCUAAACUAAAUAACUCAGUUAUGAUUCCAGGAACAAAUGAGGGACUUGAAGACCCAUAUGAUAAUUUUUACAGAAAUUUUACAAGGAACAGGAGACAGAGCCCUCCAAAUUUCCAAGCUUACGGAAACAUGAACUCCUCAAAACUGAACGAUCAUCUCAGGACUAGACCUACCAACACGAUCAAGCUGGAUGUAGGAGGUUCAGAAGAGCUUCCAUCAAUCCAGAAGUUCAAUAAGAGAGGGAAGUUGUACUAGCUAAAGCCUUUU